AUGUCUAAAUUAGAAAAGUUCAAUUUCAAUAUUCAAAACUAAGUAUUGAAGUCUCCAAAUGACAAUCAAUUCAAAUCUUCAUUUUCAAGCUAACAUUCCAAACUUACCCCUGAAAAUUUUUAAUUUCCCAAACAAAAAUCUUAUAUUGUAUAUGGAAAAUUCUCAAAUCGUAUACUCAGAAUAAAAAAAUAAAAUAAAUUACAUAAGAGUCAAAGCCAAAUUGAUGCAGUUUAGUUUCCAAAUUUUAUUAAUAAGAUAAGAAGAAGUAGCGGUUGUGAAAUUCUAAGUGAUAAAUAAGUAUUUUUAAUUUAAUAUUAUAAGGUUAGAUUUGCUUUUCUUUAUCCAAUUACCAAUGUAGCUUUUCAUCUCUUAUAAAAGGAAAUAAAAAGAAAUGAAAUAAGGAAGAAAACUAUAUUUAAAAGAAUGUCAAGUAUUUUGAUUAAACAUUCAAAUAAUUUAAAAUCUUAAACCAUAAUAGAUCCAACUUAAUAGGAAACUAUAGAUUAAAGUCCUUCUAAAUUUGGUGAAAAAUAAUCUAGUUUCAUUCCAAAAUAAUUUUAAAAGUCAUUUGGAUGCUUAAAAGAAUCCUAAGAGUUAUUUUAUAAUAUUAAAAAUUCUGAAAAAUUAUAGUUAUAUUAGGAUAAAUUCAAAAGAUUUUCUUAAUCUUUGACUACUUCCCCUAAAUUAAAUAAAAAUUAAAAAUCAAAGAAUAAAUUUCUUGAUUCUCAAAAAGUAGUAUUAGAUAUCAGUAGGAAACAAAGAAAAACAUUUAUUUCUAUUUAAAAUUAUGUUAAUGAACGUUCACUAAGUAACUAAACUAAAUCAGUAGGUCUAAUCUAAAAAUAAAUUCAUUUUCAAUAUUAAAAUUUGUUAAGCCUUACAGAAACAGAUAGCUCUUCCCCUAUCAAAUUAAAAACUACAUAUACUUCGCGUAAUUUUAAUCAUAUUAAAUCUCUUUCAAAUCUACCUGAUAUAAGAGAAAUAUCAACAUAAAGAUUAAAUAAUAAUAGAAUCUAAAAAAUAGCUGAAAAAGUCAAAAAUGUAUACAUAUUAAGUCCUAGCAAAUCUAAACAAAUUUAAGAUAAAAUAAAAAUUUGA